CGCGAGUUGUGCUGUAGCGCAGGCGAGACGGACGCACCACGGAACAGACCUGGAUCGCCGAAGGACUGCGGCGGUUGAAAGCGGAUAGCCGUCUUGUACUGCAGAAUUCUUUUGCAUCUUAGGUCUUCAUCCUGUGGAUCAGCAGGCACUUCAGGAUAUCUGCCACCUUGGAGAGUUUCACUCCAACCUGAUUUAACAUAAUCAUCACAGCUCACACUGUGUGGGAGCAGGAGCCAAUGGAUGCCGCAAUUGCCCCUCAGAAGCCCAUGUACAUGAGUGUUUGAGCUGACCUCCCAAAGGUCACAUAAACAAGCAUUUCAUGUGCCCUCCAUAAGCCCACCUGCAAGAGCGUUUCAGCUGCCCUCCAGAAGCCCAUGUGCACAAGCAUUUAACCUGCCCUCCAGAAGCCUACGUGCACGAGUGCUUCAGCUGCCCUCCAGAAGCCCAUGUGCACAAGCUUUUAAACUGCCCUUCAGAAGCCUUCGUGCACGAGCAUUUCAGCUGCCCUCCAGAAGCCGAUGUGGAUAAGCGUUUCAGCUGCUCUCCAGAAGACCAUGUGCACAAGCAUUUGAGCUCCCCUCCAGAAUACCACGGGCACGAACAUUUGUGACCCUUCCCUUCGCUGGCCCAGCUGGCACACCUGCGUGCUGGGUCCUGGAUUACCGAGGCACGGGGUUGCCUUUCUACUGCGGUGUGGUGCAGGAUGAGAACUCCUCUGCUGCUCGUAGCAUGCCUGUGUCUCUGCGUGGAGGCCCAGGGAGCCCUGAGGACUACAGGGGGCUUGAGGAAAGGAGAAAAGAGGCAGGUGGGAAUGUCUGGAGAGGGGGCGCUACUGAGACGCUUCAAACGAGGCUGGAUGUGGAACCAGUUCUUCCUGCUGGAGGAAUACACAGGAAGUGAUGACCAGUAUGUGGGAAAGCUGCAUUCGGAUAAGGACAGAGAAGAUGGCACGGUGAGGUAUGUUCUCACAGGAGAGGGAGCAGGCUCCAUUUUUGUGAUUGAUGAGAAUUCCGGUGACCUCCAUGCCACCAGGAGGCUGGACCGAGAGGAGAAAGCCUUCUACACCCUCAGCGCUAAAGCUGUAGACAAGUUUACAGGCCGAGACCUGGAGGGACCAUCACAAUUCACAAUAAAAAUCCAUGACAUCAAUGAUAAUGAGCCAAAAUUCACCAGAGACCCCUACACUGCUUCUGUGCAGGAGAUGGCUGAUGUAGGCACGUUUGUAGUGCAGGUGACAGCCACAGACGCAGACGACGCCACAUACGGGAACAGUGCCAAGGUGGUGUACAGCAUCCUCCAGGGCCAACCCUACUUCUCUGUGGAGCCUGAGACAGGCAUCAUCAGGACAGCUCUGCCUAAUAUGAACCGUGAGGUGCGUGAGUACUACCAGGUGGUGAUCCAAGCCAAGGACAUGGCUGGCCAGAUGGGCGGUCUUUCAGGGACCACCACAGUAAACAUCACCCUGCUGGACAUCAACAACCACCCCCCUCGCUUCCCCCAGGGUGUUUAUCAGUUCAGCAUUUCCGAGUCAUCAGAUCCUGGCAGUGUGAUUGGAAUGCUGAGAGCCACGGAUGCUGACACUGGCAGGAACGCUGAAAUGGAGUACACCAUCAUGGAUGAGCAGGACAUGUUCCAGAUCUCCACCAACCACAGGACUCAGGAGGGAGUCAUCACCUUGAGGAAGCAUCUGGACUACGAGAAGAAGAGGACAUUUUCCCUGAGGGUGCAGGUGGAGAAUGUGUACCUGGAUCCCCGCUUCCACUCCCGGGACUCUUUCAGAGACACGGCAACCAUCAAGAUCUCGGUCGAAGACGAGGAUGAGCCUCCUACCUUCCUGCACCCCGCCUAUGUGAUGGAGGUCAAAGAGGAUGCAAAGAUUGGGACAGUCAUCGGCUCGGUCAGAGCUGUGGACCCUGAUGCUAACCGUGUUCCAGUCAGGUAUCUGAUAGACUGGCAUACAGAUAUGGACCACGUGUUCAACAUCCACCCAAACAACGGCUCUGUAUACAUCGCUCGUCCUCUGGAUAGAGAGGAGCAUGCGUGGCAUAACAUCUCUGUGCAGGCAGCUGAGUAUAACAACAAGAUAAGCCAUGUGCCAGUGUAUGUCAGGGUGCUGGAUGUGAACGACAAUGCACCCACCUUCGACACCACCUAUGAGCCGCUCAUCUGUGAAAAUGUCAAAGCUGGCCAGAGGAUCCAGACUGUGAGUGCCUCAGAUGCUGACCAGCCCACUGGGGGUCACAGAUUUUUCUUCCGUUUGCCACCAGAAGCUUCUGUAAAGGCCAACUUCACUGUCACAGACAACAAAGAUAACACUGCCAGCAUAGUGACACAGCGCAGUGGUUAUAGCAGUCUCCAGAGGGGCACGUACCUGGUUCCCGUGGUGAUCACCGACGGAGAGUCACCCGAACAGAGUAGCACGGCGACGCUGACAGUGCGUGUGUGCGCGUGUGAUCGUCAUGGAAACCCAAGACAGUGUUCAGCGGAUGCGCACGCACUGUCCGCUGGUUUGAGCACCGGGGCCCUUGUUGCCAUCCUGAUGUGUGUCUUCAUCCUGCUCAUGAUUGUGGUCCUGUUUGCGGCUCUGCGGAGACAGGCAGAGAAGAUGGAACCUCUCAUUAUGUCCAAGGAGGAUGUGAGAGACAACGUGGUGAGCUAUAAUGAUGAGGGUGGAGGAGAGGAGGACACUCAGGCCUUUGACAUUGGCACCCUGCGCCAUCCUGAAGUUGUGGAGGACUCUGCCCACAGGCGGGACGUUGUCCCAGAGAUGUUGUACCCGCCCGGGCGGUGGGCGGUAGGACGGGCGUGUGACCACACGGAUGUACGCGACUUCAUCUCACAGAAGCUGCAGGAGAAUGACUGUGACCCGACAGCGCCCCCUUAUGACUCACUGGCCACCUACGCGUACGAGGGCAGUGGCUCUGUGGCAGAGAGCCUGAGCUCUCUGCAAACGCACAGCAGUCAGGGCCUGCAGGACUAUGACUGCCUGAGCGACUGGGGGCCCAGAUUCAAGAAGCUAGCGGACAUGUAUGGUGGAGAGGAGAGUGACAGAGACUCGUGAGCAGAGAGAGGCAAGCAGAGCAGCAGGUCCCACAACCAAAGGAUCGGUCAGGGGUCAGUAGGGGUCAGCAGGGGUUAACUGGAGCCUCAAAGCCAGUCAAACACACUCGUACCCGCUGAGGGGCAUUUGAAAGUGUGAUGCAAGCUCUGAUGUGGUUUUCCCAAAGUGCCCUUUUGCAGGACAGAAUUGUUGAUGUCAUGUCUGACGGGACUUUCUCGGGACCUUUGGAGAAUGGGGAUUAGCUUUUGUAUGGUCUGGGUAAUUUGACCCUAGCCACAAGCCAUUGGCUGAAUAAAAGGUACUGAGUGAGCUUUACAAACAUGCAUUACGCAUACUGAAAAUGUCACAAAGUACAUGUGUGUACAAGUCUGUUUCAGGGUUUUAGCUAUUGUAAGCCUGAGUAUGCUGUACAAAUGCAUUGUCACAUACCAUUGGUGGAAGCAAUCACUGACAUGGUGGAGUAUGACUCAUGUUAAAAGGAAUUCAGAACAUUCUCACUAUAACUGGUUGUUGUUUCAUGUGCAGUAGUUAGGCGGUGGACUGGUUCAGUGUUUUUGUAUAGUAACGACAUGUCAGAUGGAGCCUGGCUCAUGCCACGGGCUGAACUGGCUGGGUUGUUGGAUUGUGUGUGAUAAGGUGCUUUCCUGUAUCAGACCAUUUGAAGUCUAAUUUCAAGUGCAAAGAAGCUGUCUGGGUUGAGAAUGCCCUGGUCACAAAUGGUGUUGGGAUGACCAACUGUUUUACAGCAACACAAAAUUCCAGCUGCUUAUUUAAAAAAGAAAAAGAAGUGGUUUCAGUCUGCACUAGUUCCUCCCAGAUAUGCUCCCUAGACAAACCCCCAGGCCCUGACCCCACACCCUGACCCCAGGCUAUCAACUUAGUAACUUUGAACAUCUUUGAUCAACUGAUGAAUCCAAAGUAUUAACCAUAACACUGAAAUCUAUGUUAGCCCCAGAUGGCCAAAAAUAAAUUUCAAAUUUAAUGCAUAAUGUUAAUCAUUAGUGUAAUUGCUGACCCAUCUUUGGUAGUGUGAUGUCAGAGCUGUGACCAUGAGAUACCAAUGUAGACUCAUUGAAAUGUACUUUAAUUUAACUUUAUUUUAAUUUAAUUGUACUUUUUCAAAUACAAGUUCAUACAUCUACACAUACUAAAGUACUCAAUAAGAAGGGUCAUUUGUCUCACCAAGGGCCAAUAAAUGUGUUUUAUAUUGCACUUCUUGUUUCAACAUGAAAUCACCGGACACUGGACAACAAAGAGAAAUUGUGAAAUGAACAAAAGUUACUAUAUUCUGGGAUAUUUCAUAUAGUGAUUUAAAUGGCAUGUCAAUUCAAAUAACACUGGUCGAAAAUGAUUUUGCUUCAUACAAAAAUACCUGUUCAAAUAUGUUUUCAGAAUUGGUCCAUCACCCAUAGUUUUUUGUUCCAGUAUACUCAUAUUGUAUAUUGCCAUUAUGUAUAGUAUGGAAAACUGGUACCAAGGAAAGUGUUUCCCCUCUAUAUUGGGAGACUACUGGACACUGAAGAGGGAUGUUCCUGGGGCCAAAUACAGAUAAAAAUCAUACAUUGUACAUUUCAGAAGUAGGUUUGUACAUAUUUUGAGUGUAAAAAACAGCCUUAUUUAUGAACAGGUAAUAUAUACUUAAUGUAAAAUUUUAUUGCCCUGUCAUCUAAAAAUACGUGAUAGAAAAAAAAAAUCUAAAAUCAGAAUUCAGCAUAAAAAGUACUAUAGGUUCCAUUUAUUUUAGUUUAUGAAACAAAAAAUUUCAAACUUUGGUGACCAGUGAAAUUAUAAAGAAAUCUCACCUUUGUACUAAAAUUAUAGCCAAUCUGACAUAAAAGAAGUGUUUUAUCCUGAAUGAAACAAUCCUAAAAUAUAUGUUUGGUUAAAAUGUAUUAGCUCUUGGUGCAAUGACAUUUCCUCUUCCAACAAUACUGGUUAUACAUCCUGGUCAUUAUUGUCCUGUUUCAACAUCCUGGUCCUCUAUUAGACAGUGAAUAGUAAGAGAUGUCGAUGUUGGAGGACAUUUUGACUGGGUUGUGUGUGGUCUGUUGGCUUGGUUUCAGAGCAUAAAGAGAAACCUAACCAUCUCUGACAAAAUGGCCAUCUAUCUAUGCUUUGUACAAUGUGAUAUUUUGUAUCAAAUAUUUAUAUGACUGAAUAUUAAAUACAUGUAAAAUUGA